UCAGGCAGCAUAAAUUUCAGCAUACAAAAUUCCACACACUCGCAACGCGUCGCAGAUACUUUUCGGCAAAGUUUUCCGCAGGAGAAAGCCAGUGUAAAUACUUGGAAAACCCCCGAUCAGAAUGGCCAACAGUUCCUCUUAGUUUCUAGCCGAUUGGUGUAAAUAAAUUGGCGUUCGUCUGGCGUUAAAUUAGUGAAAAUUGAAUAAAACAGAAGGAAGAAUAGACGACAAACGUAAAUAAAAGACAGCCAGAAAGAGAGGUGCAGAGUGACGUGCGGCAGACAGAGCGCGAGAGCAACGUGUCGAGCAACAAAUUAAUAAUAAAAAAAAAAACUCAAAAAAAGAAACACAAAUUGAAAACAACAACAAAAGGCAGAAGCAGCAGCGAUUCUGGAUUUCUAGAGGCAGCGGCACAUUCAAAAGAUGGGCUGUGGACAGAGCAAGAUACAUUUGUAUCCCAGGAAAUCGAAGAGUAAAGCGAACGGCAAGAAAGGAGGACAUGCCGACUCGGAUGCCGAAACGGACGAGGACGAAGGCCACAUCGAGGAUGCCGAGAAGGCACAGCAGCGCGACCGCGAGAAGCACGACGAGAGCGAGGAGCUAAGCAAUAAGGACAUCCAGGACAGCGACGAGGACGUGGCCGUCUCCCUGCUGCGCGCCAAGAACCUAUCGCUGCUCCAAAGCCAGGAAAUAUCAUCUAGCCAACAGAACUUCUUCCGCAUGCUGGACAAGAAGAUCGACGAGGGUCCCGACUACGACUCGGCCAGCGAGACGGAGAUCGCCCUGGAGGAGGCCCGACUGAACGCCCUGCGUCAACACUGGGAGUCCGCCAGCAUCACGGCCUCCAUUUGCUCCUCGGCCAGCCGCUCGCUGCAGACGACGCCCAUCCGCCAGGUGCAGGUGCCGCUCAAGCAGCCUCCCCGCGGUGCCGGCCUGCUGCUCCAGCCUUCCAGCGCGGCGACGGUCACCGCCUCCUCCUCGACGAUAGUCACGCUGCCCACGACGGAGUAUCUACCUCAGCAUGUGCUGGCAGGGCGGCAGCAGCAACAGGCGGCGGUGCUCUACCAGCAGCAGCAGCAGCAGCAACUAAUCCUGCUGCCCCAGUUGGAUCCUAAUGUUGUCAACACGUCCACGGCGGCAGCAGCGGCACAGCUCGUCCAGUUGCAGCAGCAACAUCACCAGCAGCAGCAGCAGCAGCAGCAACAGCAACUCAGUCAGCAGCAACAGCAGCUCUACCAGCAGCAACAGCAAUAUCUGCUGUCCCUUCCCGCCGGAGCCAAGCCGCAGAGCGUGAGUCCAAAGCGCCUGAUCUAUGGCAGCACCGCUGCAGCCGGUCCACCGGGCAGUACCGCCUGUCCGCCGUCGGCACCGCCUCCUUCCGUUCAGUAUAUUGCCACCGGGUCGAGCGGUGGCUUCCUCAAUGGCGCCGGCGCCAUUUCCGGAAUCGCAGCGGGUCGAGGGCCCCUGCAGCUGGCCUACUACGGUGCCGCCCCCCCGAGCACUGCCCCCCCGACGGCGACGGCCCUCUCCAACGCCCCCGAAACGUACGAACCGCCAACCGCUCCACACAGCCAAAUGCAGCAGCAACAGCCACCGCCUCCUCCGCCGGGCGCCUAUUACGGCGAGAUGAUGCACGGCACACAGCCCGCUCCGGCGGCGGAAUAUAAGUUCCCGCCCGCCAUCAGCGUGCAGCGAUUGGCGCCGCAAGUGCAGCGGCAACUGCGUGAGACGCAGGAACUCAUAAAAGACUCGUGCCCGCAGCUGUAUGCGGCCGGAUAUGGCAGCCCUGGACCACCGAUACGCAACCCCAGCAGGAACCCCACUAGAACUAGACCCACCCUGGAGACCCAGUUCUCGCAGGAACUCUCGUGAUAUCUAUAUAUGUAAACAGCCAGCAGACGGAGGAUGCACCCACGUUCAGACACACAGUUGGAAGAAACUGCAGCCAAAGAUGAAAGCUAAAAUUAACCAAGAUUAUAAAAACGAACCCCAAGAAAAGCCAAAAAGCAAAAAAAAAAA